AUGUGGGGGAUCCUUCUUCUCGUUCUGAGGCUGCUGGGGGCAGCGCACUGCGACAUCAGGGCCCGGGACCCCGAGGUCGAGGAAGGCGAGUGGGACAGAAGUGUGCUAGUAGAGCCUGUGUGUCCUCUCUUUCAUCUCCAUAGGAACUGGUGUACGUUUGUGCAUUACCGAACGGUAACAACAGCCGUGCACUUUGGCACGGAGAGGUACACCGUCAAGUCCUUUAGCCCCUGCCCCAGCGGCUCGCCCAACUGCCAGCUGGUCCUGUACAAGCUCUCCGUCAGGCCUGUGUACAAACAGCAGCAGAGGCUGGUCUCCUCUCUGCUGUGGAGAUGCUGCCUGGGUCAUGGAGGACCUAACUGCGAGGACACCGUGGAGGACGGCCGCCCUUCAGAACCCCCCAGCCAAUCAUCAGGAGGGGCUGAGGCGAAACUCAGCGAAGCGCAUGGCCAGGGUGUUGAGAAGAGGCCAUUCGCAUCAGGGGAUCCCAACUUGGGGAAAAGAGAUAACCAGCCACCAAGGGCCCCUGUGGGUGACACACAACGUCCCACCCCUUUACCCCCUGACCGCAACCUGCCCGAUGGGGCGGGAGGGGGCGUGACCUCCACAAUGCCCCUCCCCCAGGCAGCCGCCGCGCUGAUGGCCCACAUUCAGCCUGUGCUGGAUGGGUUUGGUCGCACCCUGAGCCGACUGUCCCGCGAGGUGGAGGGCCUCUCCCGUGGCCUGGCUGAGCUGCAGCGGGAGGGGCGGGGUCCGGGUGGGGCAGGGGGAGGCCACGCCCUUGAGACCAGACUACGGGAGUGCGCUGAGCAGAUCAGCCAGAUGAGGGAGCUGCUGAACUCCCGGAGCUCAGAGCUAGAGGAGCGGCUCAACUCCCAGAAUGCCGCGCAGCACCUCCACAUGACUGCCUUCAAGGCCAACGCCGAUGCCAGUAUCACGCAAAGCCAGGACCGCCUUCAGUCUCUGAACGAGUCCGUCGCCGAGGUGAGGCUGCGGCAGCAGCAGCUGGAGAAGGUGGUGAAGGAAGCCGGCGGCACCCGCACCAGUCCCAAUCGGGUCGCCCCGAACCAAGCUGGGCCAAACCAAGGCCAGCCAGGGCGGGGCGCGGGGGUGUGGGAGGCGAUAUCCAGGCUGGAGGUUGAGGUGGCCAACAACACGCGCAGGCUGGCGGCCCUGGAGGAGGGCUCAGACCGGGCCUCCCAGCAGACCCGGAGCCUGUGGAGGGGGCUGCGGGGUCUGGAGGAGAGGAUCGUCCGGACGGGUCAGCGGACCAAGGUGCGGUUCAGCGCCACGUCGCAAGAGGUGGAGGGAGACAGGGUGGCGGUGAUGGGACAAGUGGAAGAGAUGGCCGGCAACCUCACCGCCAGCGAUGUGCAGCUGGAGGAGCUGGACUCCGACCUGGACUACCUGUACAAUCAGCUCCACAGCCGACACAGCCCCGCCCCAGACUGCGACUGUGGGGGGCUGGUGGCCACCUUGGCCAGGCUGGAGCAGGAAGUGGCCAACGCCACAGACACAGCCAGGGGCAACAGGUUGGUGCUGGAGGACCACCUCAGGGGGCAGGGCCGGCGGGGGACGGGCCCAGGGGCCUCACUGGAUGACCUGCAGGAGAGGCUACUGCUGGUGCGGGACUCACUGUCCCUGGAGCAGGAGAGGACCCAGGCGCUUCGCCUGGACGUGUCCCGGCUGGAGGCCGAGCAGGCAGAGACUCGGCGCAAGCUGGGGGGCCUGCUCCAGAGGCAUGAUGGGAAGGGGCGCGAGAUCCACCGCCUCUCCAGCUACUUCUCCUCGCUGCUGGAGGACGCCGUCCGCCACGCUGAGGUGCUGGAGGUCCUGCUCGGGGAGGAGGUGCUGGAGUUUACCGAGCGCCCGUCCCGGGAGCAGGAGGAGUACUCCAUACCCCUGCUCCAGGACAAGAUCCGGCUUCUGCAGGAGCAGACUGAGAGCCAAGCACAGAGCCUGGCCACUGUGAAUGAAGGCUUGGCCGGAGAUGAGCCCUCGGCGGGCCAAUCAGAGCGGCUCUCCAGAGUGUUCGAGAGGAGGAGCAGUGAAGACCAUAUGGAUGACCCCUUCCCAGACUCCCCAUCGGAGGACGGCCCUGAAGACUACUCCGUCAGUGACUUCUGGAGCAUGGGCAGGGAGGUGGAGGAGCUGGAGUCCCGACUGAGCCAGCUGGAAAGGCGGCCGUGCCCCUCCUGCUGCAACUGCACCGCUGCCCCUGCAGGCCCGGAGGUGCAACCGCGGGGCGAGGGGGCUGCACUGCACAGGGCGUUGGAGGAGCACCUGCGGACAUUCUGGAAGGAGUUAAGCGACGAGGAGCGACCGGCUGGUUCUGACACCAUGCUGGACCUGGACGCGCCGCGGGCCACAGUCAGCGGAAAAGAGGCACCGAGGCAGAGGAGGCAGAGAAAGGAGAGAAGAGACCAGCACAGCCCACGCACUCACAGACACAGAGCAGCAGCAGGAGUCUCACAGUUUUCGGAAGCACCUCUCGCUUUCCUCGCCAGCACCUACAGCGGCACCAACCGGACGGGUGCGCUGAUCUUCGAGGCGGUGUCCCUGAACCAUGGGGGGGCGUACUCGCCCAGGUCGGGUGUAUUCCGGGCACCUGAGGCGGGGCUCUACCUCUUCCUGCUGAACCUGGAUUUCGGACCGGGCACCGCCCUUGCCAUCCUGAGGACAGGUGGGGCGCCGCUGGCCACCCUGCGACGGGGUGCCAGGUGGUCGGGCGGGCCGGUUUUCCGAGCAUGCCUCCUGGAGUUGGGACGGGGCGCAAGGGUGCACCUGGAGCUGGCGCGGGGCACCCUGAGACGCGGGGGCCAGGUGGAAAACACCUUCGCUGGGGUUCUGCUCUUCAGAACCACCUGAGAGGGGGGAAAAAAAAACCCUGGCAGAGUUAUCAGUGGAUCCGGGUUCUCCGCUGGAAAACUGACACGGCACCUGCUAACCCCUCAACCAAACCAUGAGCCCGAUUUUAUCUAAAAAGGUAGAUACUGAUCCAGAAUCAGUCCUUGGGGACAGGACCCAUCACUGGACGGCUGCCAUUCCCACUGUGUUGGUAAGGCAAGUGAACGAGGGGAUCCAAGCAAAGCAUGAGAUAUUUUACUCUGUCUUUAAAACACAAAAUAUGUGUUUGGUUAGGCUUCCAGUAGCAAAGGGCUGAACAUAACUUGCCAUGUCUCAUGCCAAAGGUUUUGUGUGUUCACGGACUGUGGUUAAAACAGCCUGCAAGUAUGACUUACUCUGAUUCACCUUUGAGUGUUACAUUUUGGAUGCAAUUUUGGAUGCAAUACAGUGACACAAUCACAAUAAUAAUGAUGCAGACUUUACAUUAAGAACACCCAAUACAUACCGCUUACAUAAAGUCAUUUAAAGUAAACAUAGUUGUACAGGAGGGGAACAUGAAAACUCGCAUCAAAAAAGCUACAAACAUAAGCAUAUAUCUGAGAUCACACACAGCUCAUUCAUAUUUCACAAAUUUCAGUGACACACCUAUGUGUGUAUGUG